AUGCCGACAUACGCCGGGGAAGCCAGCGGCAUACCGUCCAACUUCCGCCACUGUUACUGGACCUGGGAAGAACUGAUGGACUACGAGGCGCUUGAGCUCAUCGGCUACCGCACGUCGUACGAGGUCAUGGUAUCUGCCCUGCGGGCCGAGGACCAGGCUGCCGUGGACCAGGUCUACGCCGAACGCUGCAAGGUGCUCAACUGUGUCUACUCUGUCGCACGCGUUCUGCUCGUUGUUCGCGCGGGCGAGCUCUCACUCAACCAAGAGCUGGCGAGCAAGCUGUGGGGCGAGGGCGGGGUGGAGCUGUGCAUGAGGCUCUUGCCCUCUGUGCUCGGCUUCAACGAGGUCGACGCGAGGACCCGGUAUGCCGACUCUUUCCUCGAGCAUUUCCGCCUCUACCGCAUCGCACGCUACCUCAAGAACAAUGGCUGGAAGGUGCCGGGUAUGACCCCCACCGAGGCCGAGUUGGCCGAGCAGCACGAGUGGGCAGAGAAGGGAAACCUUUAUCCCGACGCACCCCCAUUCGACACGCACCCCCCUUGCCCCAUGCCGGUGUACAGGGCCGCUCGCUGGGGUAACCCCGUCAACCUGAACGAGCACCGCGCCGUUUGGAGGAGCCUUGUGGACACCGAUCUCAUCUACCUCGUCUCCUACCGCGCCUCGGGCGAGCGUGCUGUCCUGUUUGCAGUCGUCAACGCGGACAACGACGCCCUGUAUGCGAUCGCCAGGCAGCGCAAGACUGUCGUCACCAUGGUCCACUCGGUCGCCCGUCUCCUCCUCGUCUAUGAGGACGGCAAGAUCCAGCUCAACGCAAUGCUUGCCGGCGCACUCUGGGGCAACGCUGGGUACCAGUUGUGCGACCACCUUUCCACCAAGACACUGGGUCUUGCAAUGGAUGACGCUGGCAAGCGCGGUGACCCCUUCAUGCAACAGUUUCAGCCCCACCGCCUGGCGCGAUACCUCCUCGACAAUGGCUGGCAGGUGCCGGGUCUGACGCCUGAGAUUCUCGCGUCACUCGACGAGCAUGGCGAGGUUGUUGGCGACCAUGCCGAAUAG